AUGCUGUCACUCUCAACCCUUUAUGCUGAAAAUAAAAUUGUGGACAGCAAGAAGGUGUCUGGCUUAAAAGUACUUUGCCUUAACAGUGAUUUCAGGAUAUUUCUUCCAGAAGCAUAUACUCGAGGUACCAUGCCAGAAAAUACAUCCCAUAUACCAACUCCGGAACUUGCAAGGUAUGUGCCAUACUUGCAGUCCAUUGCCGGGUAUCUUUAUCAAAAAUUAGACUGUGAAAUAGCCUUGCUCAUAGGGUACAACUGCCCAAAAGCUCUAACCCCUAGAGAAAUCUUUGCUCCAGAUGGUGAUGGACCAUUUGCAGAAAAGACCGAUUUAGGAUGGGGUAUUGUCGGUGUAAUUGGUGACUGCGAUGUUUGGAAAACUGAUGACACGUUAGAUGUUAUUGGUAUGUGUAAUCGUAUUUUGACUUAUGAAGUCCCAGAAUUUGCAAGCUCUGCUUAUGAAGGUCAUGACAACAGGUCAGUUCAGUUCUGUCUGAAGACAAAGGUCAAGAAAGUUUUUAAUUUUGAAAGGUGUCUGCGAAUGAUGAAAUCUGCUUUUGUGGAGCAGAAAUAUGGAGAGCCAAUUUCUUGUGAAGACAGACUCUUUUUAGAUAAAAUGAAUGAAGGUGUUAGAGUUGUAAAUGGUAGAUAUGAAAUGUCAUUGCCAUUCAGUACAUCUGCGAUGUGCUUGCCAGAUAAUCGCCAAAUGGCAGUCCAUCGACUUAAUGGUCUUCAUAAACGUUUGACCCAUGAUUCUAGAUAUAUGAGCCAUUAUGUUGAUUUCAUGAAUGGUUUGAUUGAAAAGGGACAUGCAGAACGGGUACCAGACACUAAGAUAGAAGGGAAAAGAUGGUAUAUCCCUCACCAUGGUGUUUAUCACUCCCAGAAACCCAACAAGCUUAGAGUCGUUUCUGACGGUAGUGCGAAAUUUAAGGGAAAAACUUUAAAAGGCUGUCUUCUUUCAGGCCCAGACCUUACAAACUUAUUGGUUGGUGUACUUUGUAGGUUUAGGCAAGAAUCAGUGGCAUUUAUGUGCAAUAUAGAACAGAUGUUCUAUCAGUUCAAAGUGCGACCUGAGGAAAGAGACUUUCUUAGAUUUCUGUGGUUCGAUAAUGAUAAGACUAUGGAAGCUCCUGUAGACUAUCGCAUGACAGUACAUCUGUUUGGUGCAAAAUCAUCUCCAGGUUGUUCAAAUUUUGGGUUAAAGAGAAUUGCAUCCGAUUUGGAGGGAAGUUUUCGUGCAGAUGUCUCUAGCUCUGUUCGCAAAAGUUUCUAUGUUGUUGAUGGAUUGAAAUUUGUUUCAGGUGUCAGUGAAGCUAUUGAUCUGAUUGGUAGAACACAGACGAUGCUGUCACAAGCGGGGGUUCGAUUAUGUAAGUUUAUUUCGAAUUGUCCAGAGAUUGUUGAUAGUGUAAAACCUGAGGAUAGAGCAAGAGAUCCUGAAAGGGUCAGUUUGAUAGGUGAUUACCGUUGGAGAGAGCCUUAA